CGCAGAAAUGUCACAGUUGCACCUCGGUCACCUAGACUAAAAGGAGUUUGUAUGGCCAAGUCAAGGGAAGAGUGAGAUGAACAGAUGAAAUCGUUUAAGUUAUGAGGAACACUGGCCUGUGGGUUUUCCCACUAAAAAGGCUCAUUGCUUUUUCCUGCCUAUGGAUUUCUGCAGCGUACUGUGCUUUCUCAAGGAACUGCCAAAACUUAUGUACAAGUAACCUGGAAGGAGAACUUGGAAUUACUAACCUUUGCAAUGUUAGCGACAUCACUGGAGCGUGUACACAGGGAUGUCAGUUUUGGAAUGCAACUGUGCAAACUGACUGUCCACUGAAGUGUAACGAGACAUAUACUAGAGCAUGUGAGACAGUUUCCUGUAAGUUUGGCUGUAGCUGUGCAGAGGAUGCAUAUGGAGUUGAAGCACUAAACUACUUGAACAAACCUAGUGCACCAUUUGCAUCUGUCAUUGGAAACCACAGUGUCACACUAGGGUGGAAGGCAGCUAACAUCUCUGGGGUGAAAUAUGUUAUCCAGUGGAAGUUCAACAAGCUCCCUGGUGACUGGAGGUACACAGAGGUAGUAUCUGAGACUUCAUAUACCGUCAAAGACCUUCAGGCCUUCACAGAAUACGUGUUUCAAGUAGUUUGGAUCAUUACAUCUCAGCUGCAGCUCCAUUCCCCACCUAGUCCCAGCUACCGGACACAGGCUUUUGGAGUUCCUGCAACAGCUCCUGUCAUUAAAGACAUUCAGAGUUCAAGUCCAAACACUGUUGAAGUUAGUUGGUCUCCACCACUUUUUCCAAAUGGAUUGAUUAUUGGAUAUAACUUGCUCCUGACCAGUGAGAAACAUGAAUUGUUGAGAGCCUCAAGAGGGCACAGUUUUCAGUUCUACUCCACCUUCCCAAACACCACUUACAGGUUCAGUAUUGUGGCAGUAAAUGAGGUUGGUGCUGGACCCUCUGCCGAAGCCAACAUCACAACCCCACCAUCCAAAGUUAAGGAAAAAGCAGCAUGGCUCUUCCUAUCUAGAAAAGAAUCUUUAAGGAAGAGAUACACAGGACAUUUCCUGGAAGCUGCUCAGUGCCUACCAAAUGGUAAUAUACACCACAACAUCACAGGAAUUUCUGUGAAUAUUUAUCAGAAAGUCGUCUAUUUUUCUGAAGGGAAUUCUAUCUGGGUGAAAGGAGCUGCAAAUAUGUCUGAUGUAUCUGACCUAUUGCUCUUUUAUGCUGGCCGGGGGAAUAUUGUGUCCAUCUCAGUAGACUGGCUUUACCAGAGGAUAUACUUUGUCAUGAAUGAAAAGAUACAUGUCUGCCAUUUAGAGAACUGCACGGUAGCUGAAGACAUCACUCCUCUUUACAUGACAUCCCCUAGGAAAGUUAUAGCUGAUCCCUAUAAUGGUUAUAUUUUCUGUCUCCUGGAGGAUGGCAUAUACAGAGCAAACCUUCCACUCUUUCCUGGCACUGCCUCCGCAGCUUCACCAGUGGUGAGAUCCAGUGCUCUGAGAACCUUCAUGAUCAACUUCCAAUCUAAGAGACUCAUUUUCUUCAACAAAACAGAACAGGCCUUUGUGUCAGGUUUUCUUGAUGGUUCAGAGUUUCACACACUGCGAUCACAUGUGCCAUUUAAUGACAUGGAGAGCUUCGUUUAUGAGGAUAACACGUUUACAGUCACAAAUGGCUUGGCAGUUUUCCACGAGGAGGUUUCUCCAGUGGGAAGUUCUAGCUUCAAUGAGUACAUCGUGGACUGCAAUUUGGCAUACCCAGAGUACUUUGGCAUUGGCAACUUGGUUUUCUAUGGGCCAUCAACUCAGCCUUUUCCUUUACCAACUGCUCCUCAUCUUGUCACGGCUCUGUUUGGAGCGGACCGAGCCGUGAUCAGCUGGAGACCACCUGAACACACCAUUGGAACCAGUUUAUCUGCUUGGCAGAACUGGACCUAUGAUGUGAAAGUGUCACCUCAGAACCCAUCUGAGGAGGAAUGGAUUGUCUCAAAUAUUAGUAACACAAGGCUUGCAGUGAAGGGGCUGGCCAGCUUCACAGUGUAUGAGGUAUCAGUCAGAGCUGUGUCUCCUGCCGGUGCAGGGCCAUGGUCAGAGUUAUUCAGAGGUACAACUUUAGAAGCAGUGGAAGAGGAACCUUAUAUGUUGGCUGUGGGGCCUGAAGGUCUCUGGAAGAAGAGAUUGGAUAGCUAUGGGCCAGGAGAACUCCUCUAUCCUCAUAUAAGAAAUGUUUCAGACCUCGAUUGGUAUAAUAACACUCUUUAUUGGAUUAAUUCCAUGGGGGAAGUUCAGACCUGGACAUUGGACAAAAAAAAGGGUACCACUGAGAGCACUUAUGUAUCUGACGUCAGAAAUGCAAGGACAUUGGCCUUUGAUUGGUUGGGUCAGUGCUUGUAUUGGGCUGGCAAAGCAAAUACGAUCUACAGAAAAUCACUGUGGGGAGACCAUAUAGAUGUUGUAGCUCAUGCUGUGUUCCCAGUGAAGGAUCUAGUUGUGGAUUCAGUAAAUGGCUAUUUAUACUGGGCCACAAUGUAUUCAGUGGAGAGCACAAGAUUGAAUGGAGAAGAGUAUUUCAUGUUACAAGAGCAGCUACAAUUUUCUGGUAAACAGGUGGUUGGUGUAACUUUGGAUCUCACCUAUGGUUUUCUUUACUGGGUUGUACAAGAUAAUCUAUGCCUAAACCUAUACAGGGCUUCUCUCUGCAAAGAAGGUUGUGGUAAUGCCAUCAUCACGGAAUUUCCAGCAUGGAGUACUUCAGAAAUAUCUCUGGGUGCGCUGGAAUACUACAGUGGUCGUCUGUUCUGGAUUAAUAGGCUUCAGAUCAUUACAGUCCAGGAAGUCAAUCAGAGCAUUAGCAUUCCCUUCUCACAACCAGCACAGUUUACAGCCUUCACCCUUGUUCAGGCAUCACUUAAACCUUUGCCAGGAAAUUUUACUUCUACUCCAAAAGUGAUUCCAGAUUCAGUGCCAGAGUCUUCUUUUAGAAUUAAAGGAAAUUCCUCAAGUUUCCAUAUCACUUGGAGUCCCUCUACAAAGGUGGAAUGGGGAACUGUCUUUUACUGCGUGGGAUCAAAAGCUCUACAAGUGAGGUCUCUGGAGAGUGAAGGAUGCCUUCACCCCCAUGAUCUGACUGUGCCAUCCUACCGAGUGGAUUGGCUGGAACCAUUUGCACUCUUUGAUUUUACUGUCACUCCAUACACUUACUGGGGCAAGGCACCAAUGACAUCUGUAUCCCUUCGAGCCCCUGAAGGAGUUCCUUCAGCCCCUAGGAACCCUAGAAUAUAUGUGUUACAAAAUAACCUACACGGAAGUGAUGAGCAAGUCCUUGUUGAGUUCAGGUGGGACAGACCUGAAAGGGAAAAUGGAAUAUUAACACAGUACAAGGUUUACUAUCAGCUAUUGAAUCAGAGCAGCACUGCUGGCACUCCCAUGGAGUGGAUUGAAAUCAAUGUUAAACCCAUCCAGAUGCUGUUUUCUCUCAAGGAUGUGCGUCCCAGCCUCACAGUAAGGUUUCAGGUGCAGGCCUUCACCUCUGUAGGUCCAGGACCUUUGUCUGAUAUGGCAGAGAGGAAUUCAUCAGAUCUUUUCCCUGUCCCAACUCUAAUAACUAUUUCUGCCAGCAAGUUGUUUCUUACUGACAUAGACAGUGGUCAAACUAUAUGGGAACUUUCAGCAGAGACUAAUGUAAAGGACAUCUGUUAUACUGCUAAUGAUGACAAAGCAUACCAUAUCAUUGAUGAUUCUCUUUUUGUUCUGAAUAUACAGAAUGCUUCAAUGUUUCAGUUUUUCAAAGAUGCAUAUCUUCACAAUGUCACAGCCAUCACAGUUGACUGGAUUGCAAGACAUCUCUUUGUUGCCCUGAAAACACCACAGGAUGAAACUCAAAUAUUUGUUAUUGAUCUUGAGCUCAAGAAAAAAUCUCUAAAAGCCUUGAACAUGCAGCUGGGCAAAAGUAAUUCAACUGUAUCAUCUCUGUUGUCAUAUCCUUUCUUAAGCCGCUUGUACUGGAUGGAAGAGCUUGAAAAUGGCAGCCACAUGUUUUAUUAUGAUAUUCUGAACAGCACUGUGCACCACAUCCUGGGACACGGAUUGGUAGAAAAACAGAUGAGGAACUACUGCACCUGUAAUGUCACAGAAGUGGAGCUAGGAAGACCUUUGAGUAUGGACUUGUCUGACUCCAAAAAUCCCCAGCUGCUUUUUAUCAGAGGAAGAGAUGAAAUAUGGGCCUCAGAUGUGGAUGGUUGCCACUGCUGGAGAAUUAUCAAAAUACCAAAUAUUCAAGGUAAUAAAAUUGGCAGCUUGACUGCAGAUCAGAAAUUUAUAUACUGGACCACUGAAACGAAAGAAUACACUGAAAUUUGGCUAGCAAAUAAAGAAAGCAGAAGACACUUUCUGCACAAGAGAGCAAACCAUAUGCUGAAAAUCUUAGCUUACAGCUCAGCAACACAAUCAUAUCCAGAUAAAAGAUGCCUGAUACUCUUGCCAGACACUGAGAAACCUACUAUCCUUGCUACAACUAACACCAGUUUUACAUUAAGCUUGCCAUCUGUCACACCACAGCAGCUAUGCCCUGGCAUAUCCCAGCCUACACCAACGUACCUGGUAUUUUCCAGACAAAUGACCAACAUCUGCAGGAACUCAAGACAAUGUUUGUCUGUUCCAGAACAAAACACAUUGGAAUAUCAGGGUCCUAUUGCUGUCUUAGAGAACCUACAGCCAUUUUCAAGUUAUGCCAUACAAGUUGCAGUGAAAAACUACUAUUCAGAUGAGGGAGCACUGCCUGUGGGAGAAGGCACAGUCGGCACAACUCUAUAUGGAG